GAGGGAGGAGGAGGAGACGGAGGAGGAGGAGGAGGAAGAGGAGGAGGAGGCGGAGGAGGCGGGAGGGACUGAGCUCCCAUUGCACUCUCACACACAAACGCUGCCCGGGAUUGCCUGCCCGCUCGCGCAGCGCCGCACGCAGUUCCGCUCCUCUCGGCCCCCACAUUGUUCGCUCAGGACUCCAGGGUCCCCAGGGGCCGGAUUCCGGGCCCCGCUCCGGGGCUCCCCUCCCCCACGGCAGUGUGGCGGGGUCGGAUUAGCUCAUCCCCGCAGGGAGGUGGGAGAGCGCGCGGCCGCCCCGCAGUAUGAGGUGGUGCCGGCGGCUCGGGGCCGUGGCGCGGCCGCUGCGGCGCCGGCUGCUGGGGGGGCGCUGAGGGAGCCCUGGGGGCGGCGCAGCCGGGCCUCCGGGCUUUUCUUCUCCAGCCGGGAGGACGCGGCUGGGAUACGAAGACCUUGUGUGGACAGUAAUGACCUCACGUUUCCGAUUGCCUGCUGGCAGAACCUACAAUGUACGAGCAUCAGAGUUGGCCCGAGACAGACAGCAUACAGAGGUGGUUUGCAACAUCCUUCUUCUGGAUAAUACUGUACAAGCUUUCAAAGUUAAUAAACAGGAACAGGGGCAAGUUCUGUUGGAUGUAGUCUUCAAGCAUCUUGAUUUGACUGAGCGUGACUAUUUUGGUUUACAGUUGGCUGACGAUUCCUCAGAUAACCCAAGGUGGCUGGAUCCAAACAAACCAAUAAGGAAGCAGCUAAAGAAACUGCUUUUAUUAAUUCUAGGAGGAUCUCCUUACAGUUUGAACUUUAGAGUCAAAUUUUUUGUAAGUGACCCCAACAAGUUACAAGAAGAAUAUACAAGGUACCAAUAUUUUUUGCAAAUCAAACAAGACAUUCUUACUGGAAGAUUGCCCUGUCCUUAUAAUACUGCUGCUCUUUUGGCUUCAUUUGCUGUUCAGUCUGAACUUGGAGACUACAAUCAAACAGAAAAUUUGCCAGGCUACCUCUCAGAUUAUUCUUUCAUUCCUAAUCAGCCUCAAGAUUUUGAAAAAGAAAUUGCAAAAUUACAUCAGCAACAUACAGGCUUAUCUCCUGCAGAAGCAGAAUUUAAUUACCUGAACACAGCACGUACCUUAGAACUCUAUGGAGUUGAAUUCCACUAUGCAAGGGAUCAAAGUAACAAUGAAAUUAUGAUUGGAGUAAUGUCAGGAGGAAUUCUGAUUUACAUGAACAGAGAACGAAUGAAUAGUUUUCCAUGGUUGAAGAUUGUAAAAAUUUCUUUUAAGUGCAAACAGUUUUUUAUUCAACUUAGAAAAGAAUUGCAUGAAUCUAGAGAAACAUUAUUGGGAUUUAAUAUGGUGAAUUACAGAGCAUGUAAAAAUUUGUGGAAAGCAUGUGUAGAACAUCACACAUUCUUCCGUUUGGACAGACCACUUCCACCUCAAAAGAAUUUUUUUGCACAUUAUUUUACAUUAGGUUCAAAAUUCCGGUACUGUGGGAGAACUGAAGUCCAGUCAGUUCAGUAUGGCAAAGAAAAGGCAAAUAAAGACAGGGUAUUUGCAAGAUCCCCAAGUAAACCCUUGGCUCGGAAAUUAAUGGAUUGGGAAGUAGUGAGCAGAAAUUCACUAUCUGAUGACAGGUUAGAAACACAAAGCCUUCCAUCACGGUCUCCACCUGGGACUCCCAAUCAUCGAAACUCUGCAUUCACACAAGAGGGAACCCGGUUACGACCGUCUUCAGUGGGUCAUUUGGUGGAUCAUGCAGUUCACACUUCCCCAAGCGAAGCAUUUGUGAAUCAUCGAUCUCCAUCUUCAACGCAAGCCAAUAGCAUUGUUUUGGAAUCAUCACCAUCACAAGAGACCCCUGAAGAUGGGCAGCCUCCAGCUUUACCUCCCAAACAAUCAAAGAAAAAUAGUUGGAACCAAAUUCAUUAUUCACAUUCUCAACAAGACCUGGAAAACCAUAUUCAUGAAACAUUUGAUGUUCCAUCUUCUCCUGAAAAAUCUAUUCCUAAUGGUGGUGUUCCACAUGAUAAUCUUGUUCUAAUCAGAAUGAAACCUGAUGAAAAUGGAAGGUUUGGAUUCAAUGUAAAGGGAGGAUGUGACCAGAAGAUGCCUGUGAUCGUGUCCCGAGUUGCACCAGGAACACCUGCUGACUUGUGUGUCCCUCGAUUGAACGAAGGGGACCAAGUUGUACUGAUCAAUGGUCGGGACAUUGCGGAACAUACCCAUGAUCAGGUGGUCCUGUUUAUUAAAGCUAGCUGUGAGAAACAUUCUGGGGAGCUCGUCCUGCUAGUUCGACCUAACGCUGUAUAUGAUGUAGUGGAAGAAAAGCUGGAAAAUGAGCCAGACUUCCAGUACAUUCCUGAGAAAGCCCCACUAGAUAGCGGCCAUCAGGAUGAUCAUUCCCUGCGCGAGUCCAUGAUCCAGCUAGCCGAGGGGCUCAUCACUGGAACAGUACUAACUCAGUUCGAUCAACUAUAUCGGAAAAAACCUGGAAUGACAAUGUCUUGUGCCAAAUUACCUCAGAACAUUUCCAAAAAUAGAUAUAGAGAUAUUUCACCUUAUGAUGCUACACGGGUCAUUUUAAAGGGCAAUGAAGACUAUAUUAAUGCAAAUUAUAUAAAUAUGGAAAUUCCUUCUUCUAGAAUUAUAAAUCAGUACAUUGCUUGUCAAGGGCCAUUACCACACACUUGUACUGAUUUUUGGCAGAUGACUUGGGAACAAGGGUCCUCCAUGGUUGUCAUGUUGACCACACAAGUUGAACGGGGCAGAGUUAAAUGUCACCAGUAUUGGCCAGAACCCACAGGAAGUUCAUCCUAUGGAUGCUACCAAGUCACCUGUCACUCAGAAGAAGGAAACACUGCCUAUGUCUUCAGGAAGAUGACACUAUUUAACCAGGAGAAAAAUGAGAGUCGUCAACUCACUCAGAUCCAGUAUAUAGCCUGGCCUGACCAUGGGGUCCCUGAUGAUUCAAGUGACUUUCUGGAUUUUGUUUGUCAUGUACGAAAUAAGAGGGCCGGCAAGGAAGAACCUAUUGUUGUUCAUUGCAGUGCUGGUAUUGGAAGAACUGGGGUUCUUAUUACUAUGGAAACAGCCAUGUGUCUCAUUGAAUGCAAUCAACCAGUUUAUCCACUAGAUAUUGUAAGAACAAUGAGAGAUCAGCGAGCCAUGAUGAUUCAAACACCUAGUCAAUACAGAUUUGUGUGUGAAGCUAUUUUGAAGGUUUAUGAAGAAGGAUUUGUUAAACCUUUAACGACAUCAUCAAAUAAAUAAGCAAAGGUCUAGGAUGUGUGUUGGAAAACUGCUUUCCAUUAUAUUCACUGUGCCAUAAUACUGUUGCAGGAAAUGGCAUCUAAACAAAACAAAAAAAUGAAGAACUGAGAAAAACUGAAAACUUCAGCACUGUUGCACUUUAUGUUUAAAAAAAAAAAAAAAAGUCAUUCUCUCAAAAUCUGUAAUUCAUGUGUUUGAAGACUAUUUCAUGCUUUGCUCCGAACAAAUAGUGAAUAACUAAGUAUGUUCAGGGUAAUUUAUGAAAUUUUGUGGUGGUGCCGUGCAGUCCCCUUCUGGUAGAAUUGCCGCCAGCGAGGCUCAGAGUUCUCGUCAUCUCUGUUGUACGCUUGUAUCUUGAAAGCAGAAAGGAGUAAACAUCAGGAGUCAGCUCUGGUGUUUCCCGUGAUUCAUGUUCUUACUAUACUGAUUACCAGAUUUUAUUUUUUAAACGUUAGCAAUAUCAUUCUCAAUAUUAGCCAAUACACUGCCUAUGGAUGCAGCACAUCUUUCCUAUACUCCCCCCGCCCCCCAUAGAGACCUGCUGUUCAUAAGAAGAAAGGUGGAAUUUGCUUUUCCCAGGAAAUGCUGCACAUGUCCAUUUACCAGCAUCUUAUAGAAAGUAUAAAUAUGAAUCUACAAGUUUUCUUGAAUUUAAUAUUGUAACUUAUAUUUAUCAUAAGUUUGGCUUAUUCCAAAUCAUGUGAUUUCACAUACUUGAUGUAAAGGAAUGCAUGCAUUGUGUCUUAACCCCUUAAGUGCCUUGAGACGUCUUUGUAUGUCUAAAGAAAAGGCACUCAUUUGACCCCAUUAGGAGGUAUGUAUGUAUAUUGUACAUUUACAGUUUUAUGCAUUUUGGAUCAGUUCACAUUUUUUAAAAUAGCUUCUUGUAUCAAGAGUUAUGCAGUCAAAGAAGGGUAAUGAAAUCCUAUUUCUUACUCAAUUCCUGUAUUUUGCCACAAGAAGCCAAGACAAUUUGUGUUACUCUGAGUGAGCACUCUGCUGCUAUGGGAUUAUUUGAAAUCUGCACAUUCCUUUCCUGCGGGACAAGGGUUACAGUUUAGCAGCCGAAGUUAAAAGAUGCUUUAUUCUUCAAAUUUCAUAUUUAUUUUAUCCCUAACUUUAGAACUGGCAUCUGAUAUACACAUUAAAGUUAAACAUAUUGAUACUCUAAGGUAAACUUAGAGCAGUUGAUUGUGUGACUGACUUCUGUCACUAAGUAUUGCUCUUCAGCAUUCAUUGCAGUUCAUAUCAAGCUUUGUUCACACUGGUCUGUUGGUUGGGAUACCACACAUGAGGAAUGAAAUGUGACAGAAUUAUUUCUAAAUGUAAUCUCUCAGUAACUGAAAUGAGGGCUUUCUUGUCAUUUUUGUGUACAAUUAAAUUACUCUAGUUUAUAUAUACGUAUUAAGUUAUAUGCAUGUUAUAGGGAGCAUUUUGAUUGUCCAGCCUGAUGGAGGAUCUGAUUUCCUUUAAGGAUGUGUAUAUUUUCUUCUUCAGGGUUUUUGUUUUGUUUUGUUUUUAAGUCUACAGAGAGUUAGAACUUUAAAAUUGUCCAGUUUUAAUAUAAGUGGAAAUUUUCUCAGCUACUGAAAUGUUAUAUAUUACACAAUUAUUUUAUAUAGAUUAUGGUUAAAAUAGAUUCAUUUACUAGUGAUUUCUGAAUAUUUCUGUAUAGUCUUGAUAAAAUUUAGAGUUGAAGGUAGAUAUUUUGGAAUGUCAGUUAGUAUGGGGGAAAAUGUACAUUUAAUAAUUUUCAGUAUAAUUUAAAUGAUGUUAUUCCAGAUAGUCAAAAUUCAUAAUAGUAAAAUGUUAGGAAGUUAAUUCCUAAAUAUUAACAGCCAAGAUGCCAAAUAAAUUAUUUGUAUUAAAAUAUUUUACCUUUUUAUUUCUUCAAGAUAAAAGUAUAACCUUUAUGUCCAAAAAAAUUCUCAUAUCUAUUUCUGGGUUUCACAGUCAAGACAGUAUAUGCUAGUAAAUAACUAUAUAUAGUCUUAUUUGAACAUUCCAUUCUCUACCAACAGCUAAAUGUAAUUUAAGCUGCUGUAUGACAUCAUGGUAAGUUGCAAUGUGAAAAAGUAAAAUGUGGGGGUCUACAUAAUUAACAACUGUUUUGGCAAUAGUUUUUCACCUGAAUCAAAAAGAAAACCUAUCCUAACCUGUCCUAAUAUGGACAGAAUAUAACAACCAUAGAUUUAAAAGAUACAGUCGUAUAAAUAAAAGCAGAUAAAUGUUAUGGUUGGCAUGUUCCUUGAUUUAGGGCUUCGUUUACACUUCUAAGGGUAACUCUAAUAGAUGGCAAUGAGCGCUGCUGCCUUUUUAAAUCACUAGUGACAGACUUUAAAUGAUAAUAUAUUAGAAGUUUAAAAAAAAUUUGAAUUUCUCAUAUAAAUUUUUCAUCUGGAAGCUACUCUCUGUCAGUAUUUUUAUGUACAGAAAAGAUCCUUUUUAAAAGACAUCUUUAUUAGACUCUUAAGUGUAAUGCUAGUUAUGGUUCCCUGUUCAUCUAACAGAUAAGACUUUAUCCAUUAUGCCUGAGAAGUUUUUAAUCUGUUCAUUAAUCUAGAUAGGAUUUAGGAAUAAUCCCAGCUUUCAUACACCAAGUAGUUCUAGACUCCAUUCAUAUCAAAGUAAUAGUGUGUGACCAAAAUGCCAAAUUUCUUGUAUCUUGACGACUCUCCCCCUCCAGCAGCCAGCCCCCACCCCCAACUCCACACACACAAGAAAGUGCUGACUGUUAUUCUCACAAGUGGAAAUAGGUGUUGGUGAAUCAAAGGGCUUUUGUAAAAGCCCAGAAAUGCUUGUGAAAGCCUUUCUUCUCUGUUUUAUUGAACAUCUGAUCUGUGUCAGCACUGUGUCCAUAGGAUGAGGAGUAUUUUGGAAUAGACUACAUUCACAAGAAUAAUUGGCAGUAUUUGUUAAACCAGUGCAUACAUUCAAAAUAGAGGCAGCGUAAAUAGCAUGAAGAAAUAAUUUCCUUUUUAUGGUCUACUGGCUCAAGUGGGGGGGGGAGGUCGAUCAUUUCAAUUAAGAGUAAAGAGAAAAUUUUAUGUAAAAACUCACUUCAAGUGUAUAAAGGUAUGUUAAGCCAUUAAGACUAACUGCUUGAAGGUUUCAAGCACUAAUAUAUACACAUAGAGAUGCUUUUGUGCGAUUAUAUAUUUGUGUGUUUCACAAAGGCUAACACAAACAGGAGUAAAGGAUUGUUUUAACUAUAGAGUUGUUUAUAAUGUGUUGGCACAUCUGAUCAGGUCUAGUCAAGUAUUUGAACAAAAGUCUCCUUACUCCACUAGAAGUACUACAGUUUGAGAGCUGAAAGAAACUUGAAAGAUUUUAUCCAAUCUCACCUUCUAUUAUUAUAGGCAACAUAUGUGAAUAUCAAAAAUUCUUGUGAAUUUUAGUCUAUUUCAGCUCAAGAGUUAUAUACUCAGGCAGUGUUUUUACUUAAUAACUAUGAUGACCUUAGAAAACAAGUAGGCUUUAAAAAGCAGUCCUAAUUAGGACCCCUACUCUGCUUGUCAUGCUUCCCUGAUAAGUAAUAGCUUUUGUAAAGUAUUUAGGCUGAUACACGUGCAGUAUGAAAAUGUUCUGAAAUGCAAAUUAGAAGACCAAUUUUUAGAAGCACUUACAACAUAGAACUAAGAUUUAGAAUGUGUGUCCACUUAUAAUUAAAUAAUCUUAUGUUCAUAAUGCGAACAUGUAGUAGAAUUAAAGCAUUACUUGUAUAAUCUUAUCAGAAAGGGAGAAGGAAACAAGAAUUUUUAGCAAUGUUCUAUUUAAUAUCUGUGUUUUGAAUAUUUAAAGAUAUUCUGAUGGUAAGGUUGCCAAAGUAGUUUUGAAUUCAUAGAAAUUAUUUAUGCCAUAGUAAUGUAGGAUGUGUUUACACCUCUUUUAUUUUAUGGUAAUUAUUUUGUAGUUCAGAUGAAUUUGCAUUUAAGUCCCUUACAUUAAGAUAUAUAUUUGUUGGAACAAACAUCUCUAAUAAUAUGAUAAGACAAAGAUAAAUUAUGCCACAGCUUGCUUUUAUGUAAGCUGCCACAUCAACAAAGUAACUACUUUAUAUUAAUCUUGCUUGCUUCCCAAACAUGCUUCAGCUGGUAAACCACCAAUUCUUUUCUGGUGUUUCGUAUAAGUAAAAUAUCUAUGUUUUUAAAACCCACUGGAUUAAUUUUGUCAAAUAUCAGGCAUUACUGAUCUGUUGGCAAAGAUUUCUUGGUGUCUCAGUGUGAUCACAGCAUAGCUUGUAGCAACUGUUUUAUAAAGUUCUUAGAGAAUUGUGUAGAUCCAAAGGAGUUUGUAUAAUAAUAAAACUUAUUUGAGGGCUAACUGCUAAUAGAUCAUUUCAACAAUUUUAUUAAGAGCCUAUGAAAUUAACCCCUAAAUUGUAUUUUUUGUGUUUAACUUACUUUACCAUAUCUGCAACUGUUUUCAACACAAUGUUUUAUUGUACACAGACUUCAUUUAUUCUCAGUAGCAAUUACUACAAUAAGCCUUUCAACAUUAUCAAAAACGAGUCCUAUUUCAACCAGAAAGUUGACAUUUUAUUUCUAUAAUCUUGGUGAAAUUGUUGUGGGUUGACACCAAAUAGAUAUUUCUGUUUCCAUAUCUAAAUUUGCUGCUACUUUUUUGUAUGUUUAUCCACUGCAGUCUACCAUUGACUUCUAAAGUUGCGUGGUCAUUGUUACCUUUAUUGUAGGAAUCCAAGCUAAAUGGGCAGCCAAAAGUGGAAUCUACUAGGGUGCAAUCCAUCAACAUUGACUAGAUAUGGUUUGGUGAAUAAAUAAGUAAACCAUUUUAUUUAAUUUACAAAGUGAAAGAUAUUAGCAAUAUUGCAAUUUAAAGACUGCAAUUUCAGGAGGAAGUUCUAAUGUUUAACUUCCCAAAACAUUUUAAAAUUUCCAAUAUAAGAAUGAAAAUGUUUGCUCAUUUUCAGUAUAAGAAUGAAAUGUUGCUUGUUAUGCUCAUAGAAGUUUCAGUUAAACACUGUAGAAUUUUCCUAGCUAUUGUGUAAAUGAUACAGAAAAUAUUUUUCUAUGGACAAAAGAUCGUUCUUUUGCUUCAUUGUUUAAAAAGGAAAGAAUGAUAUUUGUAUGUCUUUCAUGCUGUAAAGAAAUGAAUGUAUCUUCCAAAUGUUAGAAUUAAGACUUAAUUCUAAAGAUACUGGUUUUUUUUUAAAAAAAAAAAAAAAGUUUGCAAGGAAUUGAAAAGGAAAGGAAGGAUGUUUUCCACUUCAUUAUAAAAACUGCAAUUUUAGAAGAAAAAUAAUUUUCUUUAUAAAUGAGCGAUCACUAUUGAAACAUUUGAAUUCAUGUACGUUCUUUUUCAUUGUGAUUUGUGUUAUCUCUGGAAUGGAGAAUUUGAAAAAAAAAUAUGUGCAUACUGUUUUAAAAUGUAAAAUAAUUGAAUUCUAGACUUCUGGAGUGUGUGUAAAGAUAAGCAUUCUGCUGCACGUGUUUACCGUGAAGGGAAGUUCUCAGGCUUUGUCACCGUGUCUGCCACAAAUGAGGACACCAUUCUGAGAAUGUGUAACUUUGGUGAAGCCAGAUAACCGUGCCUAAGAUUCACCACAGUAGAUAUGUGCAUAAGCCCUGACAAAUAAAUAGUUUGCUUUUAUUAAAGGUAAUCUCGUAAACCACUGAGCCCAACUCUAACUUGGACCAGUGGUAUCUUUUGUGUUUAAGGGUUCAUUAAUUCAGCUGAACAGAAGACCAAAAAACCCUACAUUUUAAACCAACAGGCAUGAUAAUUUGUUCAACAAUUUUUUAAAAGGCAGUACUUAUUUAACACUCAUUAAGCUUCACUCAAUGGAGCCUUCAAUAUUUUGACUCCUUCCAUCUCCAACUUUUUAAAAAAACAUAUAAUUUUCCCUAUACAGUAGAGUCUUUGUGAAGAAGAUAUUUUCCUUCAUUAACUUUUGUUACAGUUACUAAAGGAUUAGUAUCAGGCCUCUUCAACACCAGGAGUUUCCAAAUUUUAGCAAAUAUUCCUUCUGAUAAUCUUAACUAAAAUGUCAUAUUGCUUCAUGAAAUUAUCACCAUGAGGUCAUUGAGGAAACUCAGCCCUACUUAAAAUCUGAGACAAAAAUAGGUGCUGAUUUGUGGUUUCCCCAAAUCCACUGUAGUCACCAUUUUACCUUCUAUUAAAAGAAGCUUUUUAGUUUCUACUCCGGAAUUGUGUUCCAGUAUUUUGCCUUCCUGAGCAAGAAUUUCCACUCAAUUCUGGGAUUCUCUGGCACUCGUUUUUUCCCACCCUUCAGUUAGUUAAUGUUAUUCACGCUUUCUUGUAUUCUGUAGAGGAGGUCAGAUUUCAAUGCUGAAAUUGAUUUCUUGAAUUUCAAAUAGCACUUUAUUUCAUGCUUACUACUGACUUAAUUUAUAAAGAUAAAAUUUAUCUUAGGAGUUUUGUAAAUAUGGAAAAAAUAUAAUGAAUUAGCAUGUAGAGCUCAUUGGAUUGGACCCAAGUUUAAAUGCUUUACAAUGAUCUCUUGAUCAUUUGCUAAUGUAAAAGAUUACUAAUGUAAUUUCAGCUUUGCCACUUUUCUGUAAUUUAUUUAGUACAAUAAAGGCUACCCAGUUGACAGUCUUUCUGGACUGAGUUCUCUCAGCUAGUUUCAGCCAAGAUUGGUUCACUGUAAUCAUUUCUGCUUUGUAUUUUCGUACAUUACACGAAUACUUGGAAAUCCAUUUGUUUUGAGUCGUGCCUAGGUGUUAAGUCAAUGCUUCACUGCAAAUAAGUUGAAGGGGGCAAAGUCCUGACACUUUAUACACAUGUUGAGGGGCAAGUUUAAGAGACUGAACAGUUUACAUUAAGCUGUUUUCAGUUUCUGUUAUUAGAAUACAUGUGCUUAAGCAAAUAGAAACUGUCCGAACCAGUGUUUCUUAUAGCAUCAGGCCGUUGCAGUUACAAUCCAUUUUGCAGUCUUUUCAAGUAAGAAAAGCUAGUCUUUAUUUUCUACAGUGUAGGCUUAAUUUUAGAACAUAUAUCAAUGAUAUUUUUAAGUAGUAGUUUUAAAAAUAUUUCUAUGUAGAUGCUGUUUUAAUUUGGGAUUUUUUUUUCUUGUAACAGGUGCUAUAUGUAAAUAUAAAAGGCAAAAAGUCAUUUAGUUAAAAGUCUAGUUUAUUUCCUAAUUAAAUUAUAAUUUUACAUAUCUGCUACCAUUUCACGUUUGAUUAUACUGAACUAGUAGCAAAACAGAAUUAGCCCCUUAAUUUUUUUAAUUCUCUUCCCCCACUUCACAAAAAUAUCUCCAUGUUGCUUCCCAUGAUUAGGAGACAAGCUUAGGGUUCAUUUAAAAUGUGUCAGCGUGAAUGUGUUCAACACUGGAUAAUUUGAAAUCAUCAUUAUGUAUUUGUCACUGCAGCUUACUAUGCUUGAAAGGCCUUGUGGAUUUGUCUUAAUUCCAGCUAAAAAUUAUAAUUCCUGCAAUUUCAUGUAAAAGAAAAUCUAUGACUACUAACAGCAAACAAGAUAAAAAUGUUGGUUUGCAUUAAAACUGUUUUAGUCCUAAGAGCAAUUUAUGUUAUGUGAAAUGCUAUUAUACAUAUUUUGUUGGCCAUACUUCAUUUUGAUUGAGAAAUAGUUGUUCAGGUGCAAACGUGAAGCGAUUCUAGCUGUGACUUUAAACUGUUCAAUUGCAAAAUAAAGAUGUGCUUUAGUAAUUUAA